AAAUAAAAGACUGGGGGUCCAAAGCUCGUGAUUAGAACCGCCAGUGUCUUUGCAAACCAGUCGGCGUUCUGCAGCGUUGCUCUCGGUGCUACUCCUACCGUUAUCAUGGAACUGCGUUACGGACUGAUGUUGGUUGUCCUCCUCAUGGCGAUUACAGCCGUGGAGAUGAGCAAAGACAGCAAGGAUAGCAGUAGAUACAAAAACAACGAAUGUACCGGAAAGAAAAUGGGCGAUAAGUUCGCGGUUCAAGGUGAAUGUAAUGCUUACAUCCAUUGCGCCGGCCGAUGGAAAAAGCCCACGAAAAAAACAUGUGAGGAUGGAAAGGUCUUCGACUCCUCUUUGGGGUAUUGCAAUGACGCUUAUGCGUUGUCUGCGGAUAACCCCUGCUACAGCCCGAUGAAGACCGAGGAAAAAACCACCCCCUCCACUCCCCCCUCCCCUAAAUCGACGGUCGUACCUCCCGCUAAGGACCUGUGUGCAGACAAGAAACAAGGCGACAAAUUUGCUGUACCGGGCGAAUGCAAUGCAUACUACGAGUGCGUUAGCGUCUUUAAGAAGACCCGUAAGAGAGAAUGUGCCCCAGGGACGGUGUUUGACGCGUCUGUGGGUGUAUGCAACCACGCUUAUGCAUUGUCAGCAAGUAACCCAUGUUUUAGCCCAAUGAAACUCACGGAGAAAGCCACACCCUCCACGACAUCCAUGACCAAAGAAAGCACUACUCCAAAACCUCCCACUGUGCCGACUAUAAAAUCCACUGCCAUCAAAACCACACUAGAACCAAGUACUACUAGUAAGACAACCCCAAAGCCCCCAACAACCCCAGAACCAACUACGACUACGACUACACCAGAACCAACUACGACUACGACUACACCAGAACCAACCACUACUACGACAACCGCAAAACCCACAACAACUCCAAAACCCACAACAACCCCAGAACCAACUACGACUACACCAGAACCAACUACCACUACGACACCAGAACCAACUACGACCGUCCCACUCGAUAAGUGUGCCUUCAAAGGGCAGUACUACGCCAAAAACGAGCAGUUCAGUGAUGGCUGUGACAAGAUCUGUGUCUGCGUGGAGCCUCCGGAUGUCUACUCGUGUACAGAAAGGUGCUACAAGUGGAACCUCGCUCAGAUGCCGCCAACUUGUCAGUACGAGACCGUCGACGGCGAGUGCUGCAAGAGUCUUCAGUGCGCGAACCAAGUCUGGAAUCUGAAGUACCUGCCGCAAGGCUGCAAGGUUCUUAAAGACAACGGUCUCCUCUGUGAGAACGUGCCCGUCGCUGCUCCGUAAGAGAGUUUUAAUCAUUACCUUCCAUCAGUUGACUCUAACCAAAUUUAAAUUGUUUCUCUGUCAAAUGAGAUUUGAUAUUGAGCCCAGUUGAAUUACUUUGCAUUGAGUGCUGCGAACAUAAAGAACCGUGGCUUUAGUGUUCUGGUUUUUGAACUGAUCAACACAUAAAUUAUACGACUGAUUAAAAGAGAACGUGAAUAAACAAUUUCUUCAGAUUUUA